GAUCAGGGUCAGCGGCAGCUCCAUUCGCCAAGGACGAAACAUGGCAGCGGCAGCAGCAGCAGCAGGCAAGAAAGUCUAUGAGGUUUUUGUAUCAAAAGUGCCAUGGACGAUCGCAACCAGGGAAAUUAAAGAGUACUUCGGACAAUUCGGUCAGGUGAAGAAAUGUCUCCUGCCCCUUGAUAAAGAGACAGGCUUUCAUCGGGGGUUUUGUUGGAUAGGCUUCAAUACAGAAGAGGGACUGCAGAAUGCACUUCAAAAGGAUCCUCACAUUAUUGAAGGAGCAAAGCUUCAGGUACAAAGGAACAGAAAGGCAUUCAUUGGAAGAAAAUCAAACAAAGAAGCAGAAGACAGCUAAAAAUGACAGAUUUUUGUGUGGAGUCAAACGUUGUGUCCUUUAAAAUAUGGAACUUCUAUUUAUUGUUCACGUCUCUUAAUUUGACAAUGAUUUGUGUAUCAUAGUAAAACUUUUCCAUUAAAAUGUCUUAUUUUUUGACUA